AGUGGCCAAAGGACGUUGGUGGGUUCACAGCAAAAACAACAAACAGAAAACAGUUGACCUGGAAAUUCAGUGAUUCGCUCUUCUCAUCUUCAAAAGUCGGGAUCUUUUUCUUCGAAAAUACGUUCCCAUCAGUAAAUUUGAAAGUGAUUAAUUAAUUAAAGUGUAAAAAUUAACCGUGGAGUUUGUUUUAAAACCAACGUGAUAAAAGAUACAGCGUAGUGAGAAGUUGUAAAAAUAAGAAAUUGUAAUAAUUUUGAGUUAUCGAAUUGACCGACAUCAUGGAGGAUGGUAGUGGUGGUGGAGGAGGAGGACAACAAUACAUUGGAGUUUGGAUCCCCCAAGAAGAUCAGGCUGUGUCGAAUGACAAGUCAACGGUAUUGAUGACACCGCAAUGCUUGAAAGAUCUGGCAGGGAUUUUGAAACGAAAUCCUCGCGCACGUUUCUUGAAAUUUUCAUCGGAAGCAGAGGCCUGGACGUCGGUAGAUGAAAAUAAUAUCAAUUUUUCUACUCCACCCCCUUGCACAGCAAAAUUGGACGGUCCAGACCAUUCUGAAGGUCGAAGUGAGUUGGAACAGGCGAAAAAACGCAAAGGACGGAUGUCACUUCCUGCAAUGAACAGCGUUACCAAGCUAUGUGUCGAUUUGUCAAAGAAAUUAGUAAUAGAAGAAAAGGACACUCGAUUUCCUACCCCAAAAAUUCAAGAACUGACCGCAAUGGCGAGGGAAAUUAAUGCACAAAAUAAUGAUGCUGUGAAGGCUCGUGUGAAGGCUAAUCCCAAAAUAUUGAUCAAUGAUUGUGAUCGUCCUACAACCGUUCAAGAAGGUUGUCGCUACAACGCGCUUCAUGUCGCGGCCAAAUGUGAUAACGAUAAAAUUAUAUCGUACAUUCUUGAUAAAGUUGGGAGUGUCAAAUUUAUGUCGUGGUUAUACCCCAACAAGAGUGGGGAAGCUAUUGGGGAACUAGUUCGAUACGCAACAGAUGCAUACUUGAACGCACCGGACAAGAUGUCAUAUGAAACUCCUUUGCAUUUUGCUUCAAAAUUUCUUUGUGUGAAAGCAGUCGAAAUGUUACUUCAGCAUCCUUGGUGUAAUGUGAACUCUGUAAAUUGUUUUAACCAAACUGCCCUAGAUAUCGUAGGAACCCGAGCAGAUUCCAAAUCCAAAGAUUAUACAGCUAAAAAGGAGCAUACAAUCAAACUCUUAACAAGCUUUUACAUUGUACCUGUCUGGAGAGAUCCUGGUUGCAUGCGAAUGCCUCAAAUUGGACCUGUUGCCCAUAUUCGUCAGCUUGGAAAUCGAAUUCCAAAGUGUUUAAUGAAGAGCUAUCCGGACUUUGAUAUAUCUUUGCUUGGCCCCGGUCACAAAGAUCAAAUUCCAGAAGUUAAGAUAUCACUCAACUCUUCAGUGCGGCUAUUUGAGGAAAGCAAUAACUGGAAAAUCGAAGGUUUUGCUGGACCAACUACUAAAGAAGCUGCAAAUGACCUUUUCACCUUACUUAAACAGGGUAGAAACGGGUUUCUCAACGAUAGUGCAAACUUUUUGACUAGUAGCCCGACCGGAAAUGGUGGUGGUGGUGAUUUGACCCCUAAGACCCCUCCUCGGACUCCCCGUAAAAAUCUCUCACUUGGAAAUUCUCACACGCGCUCUCCUUUGCUUAAGUACUAUGUCCCCGGUACUCCUCCGCGAUCACCAGGAAUUUCCUCUCCCUCAAUGGGAGAAGCCAUUAACCGGAGGGUUAAAGAUGUUGAGAAAGGCCUUGAAAGAUUCGCCAUGAAAUUAUCAUAUGCUUGUAACAUUGAAUGGAGAGAAAACUGGAAGUGUCUGGGUUUUUUUGGAGACAUUUUGAAUGAUGAUGGGCUGUCUAAAUUUAACGAUUUGUUAGGCUUACAAGAUUUCUGUUCCAUAAAUCGCUCGUAUAGCUUUCAAGAAGAUUACUAUCUCGGGGGUAAUAGUAACGGCGAUCAAUCUGUGAUUCUGGGUCUUAGUGACUUAUCAUCUAAUUCUGAAGAACUGAGCUUCAAUUCAGCAAAUAGCCGCAAAUCUUCAUCAUCGUCAAACUCUUCAUUCCAUAGCGCUGAAACCUUCUUGAGUGAUGAUGAUGAUGCCUUCCUUGAGUGUUUGGAUAAGCAGUUAUAUAUUGAUGGAAGUACACCCGGGAAGGAGGACUUCCAUUUGUUUGAUGCUCUAAAAGAUUAUGAGGACAUGAUAUCAAGCGAACGAUUUCCGUAUGUUUUCCAAUGGAUCAACUCAAUGAAGUCGUCUGGAUUCUCCAAUUACGAGGAGAAAAAAACCUUUGAUAUUGGUCGUGGAAAGAGGCAUCGUGAUUUUCUUUACGUGCCUAAUUAUCAAUCCACUCCUAAGCGAUUGAAUUUCAACGACUCCCGUCCAAUGAACAAUGGCAGCCCAGAUAUUUUAAACUUUUAAUCUCGAAACAUAUGAAUGAUAAUACUAAUUUAGUUCUAUUUUACUUAUCGGUUGAAAUUAUACAUCUGCGAAGAAGGAACCUUUUAGGUUUUUAAGAGUAUUACUCUGCUGAGGUGCUAUCUGAUUUUACCUCUAAUUGUCUGGCUUCCAUUAAUAAAUUAUUGUCGCAUCCAAAGUCCAGUAUAAAGUUGAUUGUCAGUACAAAUCCGAGUCAUGUGAUGAUGUGCUGUAAUAAUCGCCAUGUUAUCAAUCCACUUACAUAAUAACCAAAAAGACUGUCGUACCAAGUGCCUUAUUGUGUUAAAUACAUACAUAUAUCACGAUUUUACGCUACUCGUCAAUAUUAAUAUUUUAUCUUGAACUUAGGCGCAUUUAAUCCGUCUCUCAACUACCAAAUAAAUUACUCUAGACUUUGUUGUUUAAUUAAAAUUAAAUAAUAAAGUUUAAUAUUUGUUAAAUAUGUAUUGAAAAUUUAUGAAAAUAUAAAUGAAUAAAUCACCACUAAUCAUAACCGAU